UAUCUAUAUGAACACAAGAGUAAAUUAGCUGCAAGGUGAAAGGGUUGCGAGUCACGGAGAUAUGUUUAACUGGUACCAUUUAUUGCCAAUACUACUAGACAACCAUACAGAAGAAUUGACCAAUGAACAUCGAGUUAUUUUCUGCCAGGACCAAUCACCUUCUAGUAACAAUCCACAGCGGCGCGCUUUCGGCAGUUCGCAGUUUAGGAGGAAGAAAAGUUAGCCAAGGCAGAAAAUUACUCAACACUAACUAUAUUAUCAAGUGGUAAACUGAUAUCCUUAAUCUGGUAGUGGUUGCUACUGAGUAGUUUCAUUUGAAAUACUUUAACCUCCACUCCUGAAUAUAGUGAGUCUGGUACAUUCCUUCAGCCAAAAUGGCAAGUGGGAGUUCAGCUUUGGACAGUCUUGAGGAGUUAGAUUCCCCCACUGACUCAGGCAGUGACUAUGAGGCCACCAUGAAAGGAACAAAGCGAAGAAAACCAGCAGUAUCUAAGCAGCCACCCAAGAGAACCAGGCAUAAUGCUGCACUGAAGGGGAUGUCCAGCCCCAGUGGCAGCUCAGUUCCCACCCCUCCAGGUCCUUCCCCACAGUCCGUCUCCCAGGGGACAUCCAUGCAGCUCUCUGCUAGAUCUGUUAGGAGCAUGAACGGGGAGAGCCAGAUUAUCAGCGCAAAGGAUAUCUAUGAUGCUGUCUGCUCUGGAAAGAGUGCCAUGGUGACGGUGGUAGACGAGUGGCUGGACAGCUAUAAGCGGAGCCAAGAGGCGGGACUGCUGGUGCUCAUCAACUUCAUUGUUCAGUCCUGCGGAUGCAAAGGUGUUGUUACCAGAAAGAUGUUUGACAGCAUGCAAAAUGCUGAGAUCAUCAGCACCCUAACCAAAGAGUUCAAUGAGGAUUCAGUGAACUACCCUCUGUGCACUCCAGGGCCCCAGCUGAAGCGUUUCAAAGCAGGCCUGUGUGAGUUUGCUAGGGUUCUUGUGCGCUCCUGUCGGAAUAGCCUUGUUUAUGAUGAAUACCUCUUCCCUUCCCUGCUGGCUCUACUCACCGGCCUCUCAGACUCCCAGGUCCGAGCCUUCAGACACACCAGUACCCUGCUUGCCAUAAAGUUGAUGACGGGGUUGGUGGAAGUAGCUGUAGUAGUUUCUGUUCAGCUGCAGACCACCCAGCAGCAAUACAACACGGAAAACAGCAAGAGGGCGCACGACAGAGCCUCUGACAGACUGGAGGAACUGCAGGCCACCGUUAAAGAGUUGCGAGAAAACAGAGAGGAGCUGUCCUCCAUGAUGAAUGCCACUUUCCGUGGUGUGUUUGUGCAUCGUUAUCGGGACCAAUUGCCUGAGAUCCGGGGAGUGUGUAUUGAAGAGUUGGGCCUUUGGUUGAAAAUGGACCCUGAGGACUUCCUUAAUGACGGAUGUCUUAAAUAUCUGGGAUGGACCAUGCAUGACAAGCAAAGUCCGGUGCGUCUGCAGUGUGUGCGUGCCCUGCAGGGUCUGUACCAGGAGAAGGAAUUCAUUGGGCGCCUGGAGCUUUUCACCAGCAGAUUUAAAGAGAGAAUUCUCAGCAUGGUGCUGGACAAGGACCCAGACGUGGCAGUGGAAGUGGUCAAUCUGCUGCUGCUGAUCCAACAGAGAACAGAUGAAGGACUGGACGAAGAGGAGUGUGGCCACAUUUAUCCACUGGUUUACGCUUCACACCGAGGUCUGGCAUCUGCAGCUGGUGGCUUCCUAUACAGCAAGCUGAAAAGUGUGAUUACCAGUCACAGCCAGGAGAAUGACAAAGCCAACAAUGCAGCCUUUUUUCAAAUCCUCAUCUCCUUCUUCAUCCAGAGUGAGUUCCAUGAGCAUGGGGCAUAUCUGGUGGACAGCCUUUGGCAUGUGGCAGGAUCUGAGCUGAGAGACUGGGAGACAAUGACCACUUUCCUGCUACAAGAUGAUGAACUGAUGUAUGAGGAGGAGGGUGUGCUCAUAGAGCUGAUGAUGUGUGCGAUCAGACAGGCAGCACAGGCAACCCCACCUGUUGGGAGAACUCAGGGCAAAAAGAACCUAAGUAUGAAGGAUAAGAAAAUCCAGGAACAAGACAAGAGACGCAUCACAACACACUUCAUCCCUUUACUGCCACAGCUGCUUGCCAAGUACUCAGCGGAUGCAAAGAACGUGAAACUGCUCCUCAAAGCUCCCCUGUACUUUGACCUGGAGAUGUACAGCAGCGCUCAGUGGCUGGAAAAGCAUUUGGACCUGCUGCUGUCCCAGGUAUGUGGCAUUGUGGAGAAGCACACAGAGGUCGCCGUACUGGAGGCUUGCGCCCACCUGGUCAGCGCUCUCAGCUCCGACUGCUACACCUUCUCCUCCCGCGCACAAAUGGCAUUCAGCCAGCUGUUUGAUGUCCUUACCGAAUGUUUCAGCACCUACGUAAAUGACCUGCUCCAGGUUGGAGAGUGUGGUAUUGCAGAUGAUGAUGACACAUACAGUGGAGCCACUGCCUUAAAAAGGAUUGCUGCCCUUAGCAGUGCUAAGGACCCGACUGCCUGGAAGCUGUUUGAUUCCUGUCUUGAGCUGCUGAAGAGCCGGAUGGAAUCCAGAGAGCUUGAUAAGGAGCUGAUAGAGCCAGCUAUGAAGUGUGCAGCUUUUCACCUGAUGUGGGCCAAAGUGAAUGUGGUUAACUCCAAGCCAACUGAGGCAGAACUGAAGCGCCUGAAGAAGGAGGUGCGGUCGUUCUGCAGAGUCUGUCAGGAUUGUUUGUCUUUGAAUCAGAUAGAUAUCAGAGAUCAAGCAUUUGAGCUGUUAUGUGACUUGCUGUUGCUGUACAGUGUGGGUUCAGUCCGCUCCAAGCCUGCCCUCCAGGCACUGGCCCACCUGCCAUCUGAUUCUCUGCGGUCUGAGUUGGCCGCUUUCCUUCUGGACUACAUCUUCACUGACACCGAAGACGUCGAGCUCCAUGGCAUCUUGACACCAACUGAAAAAUCUGAGGAUGAGGAGGAGAUGAAGAUACGUCUUCUUCAGAAGAAGCGCAACCAACUUGCUGGCUACUGUAAGCUGGUCAUCUACGGGGUGCUGGACCUAACUGCUGCCACAGAUGUCUUCAAGCACUACAACAAGUACUUUAAGGACUUUGGUGACAUCAUCAAAGAGACUCUGAGCAAGAGCAAGCUCAUCAACCCCGUGCAGAGCGCCAAGACUGUCUGUCUGAGUCUGCAGCAGCUGUUUUCAGAGAUGCUCACGGAGCACCACAGCAGGCAGGAUCUCACUGAGAUUAGAGACUUGGCCAAGAGGCUUGCCAUGAGCUUUGGCAUUGAUCUUCAUCGUGUCCGCAAACCACUGGUGGCCCUGCACAUGGACGGCAUACGUUUCGCAUUUCGGGACCCACAGGAGGGAGAGGAGCCAAAUCCAAAUGUGGCCUUCUUGGAGAUCCUCAGCGAGUUCAGUUUUAAGUUACUGCAGCCGGACCGCGCCCAGCUAGCUGAGUUUCUGAAAUCGGCAUGUCCCAGCGCUGCCCUCUCCUGGCCGCCAGUCAAACUGUAUCAGCGUUCUUUGGAAGCUCGCGCCACCUCUAAAGCCACUGAACAGGAGGGAGAUGACGAAGUCCCUUCUCAUGACAUGCCUGUAGUGAAACGCAGGAGGACCACAGCUCAGGGUUCAGCGUCCACCACCAGAGGAUCCUGGUUGGACAACAGCAGCAUCCAGAGCAGCCUGCACACCCCAGCCCUCACCUCCACUGUCCAGAAGCAACCCGCCAAGCGGAUUGCAUCCAGGAAACCAAGACCCGUGGAGUCGGAUAUCAGCAGCACCUUAACUGAGCCGGAGUCAGAGGAUGAGUUCUCCCCAGGGUUACAAAUGCGAAAAGUGAAACUCAAUAAAAGAUGGCUGGCUUCCUCCAGCAAGAACACCCCCUCUCCAAGGCAGCAAGACCUGAACUCCCACCUCAACUUGCUUUCCCUGAUUGAAGAUGACAUCUCAGAAAGAGAUGAGGACGAGAUUGAAGAUUAUCACAGUGACUCUGACACUGGAUACACACUGCCUUCCACACGUCACACCUCACUGAGUGUCCUUGAUGAGCUCUUUGACUGAGGUUAGCGGGGGAUCAUCUGUUCAGGACUUCUACAGUUUCAGUGUGAUGAAUAUUAAGUCAUUUGUUCUUCUUAAUGACGGCAAGUUCACCUGUCAGACCUGUUUUUGUCUCUUAAUUUUGUUGUUGAUUGGGAAGUCUGGAAUUAGAAGCUGUUCUGAUGUAUUAAUAGGAAUGUUUUGAAAAUAACGAUGUUCAGAAUAAAUGUUUCACUAAAGUUGGA